AUGCCUCAACUUCUUAACAGCAUACUCAAUGUGAGCAAGGUUUUCCAGAACUACGCCGAACAUCAUGGGGUGGGCGCUUCACUGAGCAAGAAGGAACUGAAGCAGCUGCUCCUCAAUGAGUUUGGAGACAUCCUUCGGAGACCAAAUGAUCCAGAGACUGUGGAAACCAUUCUGGAACACUUGGACCGAGACAGAAAUGGAUAUGUUGAUUUUCAUGAAUACCUCCUGCUGGUGUUUCAAUUGGUCCAAGCCUGCCAUCAUAAGCUAGAUAGUAAGCUGUGUGGAGCUAGAACCUCCUCCCAGAAAGAACAUGGUCAGGAAGGAACACAGGGCAGACUACAUAGGCAGAGGCAUGAAGGACAAUGCCAGAGCUCUCACCACAGUCAAUCUGAGGGACAACAUCAAAAUGUCCAACAUGAUCAGUCCCAGAGACAAGAUAAGGACUCUGAAAGACAUGAUACAGAUCCUCACUAUGGUCAGUCAGAGACAUUCCAUAGGGACUCCCACUAUGGUCAUUCUGAGAGACAAGACACAGACUAUAGCUCAGAUCAGUCUGAGUCAGACAAUCAAUCUUCUAGCUCUAGUCAAAGACUGGGUUAUAAAUCUAGUCAUGACAGGCCCAAAGGUCAAGGGCAUAUCUUUGCCUUAAAACAGUCUGAGAACCCUGAGCAGGCUUCUCAUUAUGGCCAGUCUAAAACAUUUGGACAACAAAGCAGCCAUGGCCAGUCUGGAAGAUUCCGAAAAGAUUCUCAUUCUAGUCAAACCAGUCAACAAGAAUUGGAUUCUUAUGAACAAUAUGGAACUCAGCAUCAGAAAUCAGGCCACAAUCAGACACAGAGACAAGACCAGAAUUCUCAGUAUGGCCAUACAAACAAAAAAGGACAGAGUUCAUACCAUGAGGAGACACACGGACAAGGCCAGAGUUUCCAUUAUGGCCAAAAAGGCAAACAAAGCCAGGGUUUCCAACAUGGUCAGAAAGACAAACAAGACCAGAGUCCUCACCAGGGUCAGAAAGGCAGACAAGACCAGAGUCCUCACCAGGGUCAGAAAGGCAAACAAGACAGAAGUCCUCACCAGGGUCAGAAAGGAAGACAAGACCAGAGUCCUCACCAGAGUCAAAAAGGCAGACAAGACCACAGUCCUCACCAGGGUCAGACAGGCAAACAAGGCCAAAGUUAUCACCAGGGUCAGAUAGAGGGUGAAGACCAGAGUUCACAUUGGCAUCAGUCAGAUAGACAAGGCCAGAGUUUUCAUUAUGGUCAGACAGGUGGACAAGUCCAGAGUUCUCACCAGGGACAGACAGACAGUCAAGGCCAGAGUUCACAAUGGCAUCAGUCAGACAGACAAGGCCAGAGUUUUCAUUAUGGCCAGACAGGCAGAGAAGGCCAGAGUCCUCACCAGGGUCAGAGAGGCAGACAAGACCAGAGUCCUCACCAGGGUCAGAAAGGCAGACAAGACCAGAGUCCUCACCAGGGUCAGAAAGGCAGACAAGACAGGAGUCCUCACCAGGGUCAGAAAAGCAGACAAGACAGAAGUCCUCACCAGGGUCAGAGAGGCAGACAAGACCAGAGUCCUCACCAGGGUCAGAAAGGCAGACAAGACAGGAGUCCUCACCAGGGUCAGAAAAGCAGACAAGACAGAAGUCCUCACCAGGGUCAGAAAGGCAGACAAGACCAGAGUCCUCACCAGGGUCAGAAAAGCAGACAAGACAGAAGUCCUCACCAGGGUCAGAGAGGCAGACAAGACCAGAGUCCUCACCAGGGUCAGAAAGGCAGACAAGACAGAAGUCCUCACCAGGGUCAGAAAGGCAGACAAGACAGAAGUCCUCACCAGGGUCAGAGAGGCAGACAAGACCAGAGUCCUCACCAGGGUCAGAAAGGCAGACAAGACAGAAGUCCUCACCAGGGUCAGAAAGGCAGACAAGACCAGAGUCCUCACCAGGGUCAGAAAGGCAGACAAGACCAGAGUCCUCACCAGGGUCAGAAAGGCAGACAAGACAGAAGUCCUCACCAGGGUCAGAAAAGCAGACAAGACCAGAGUCCUCACCAGGGUCAGAAAGGCAGACAAGAUCACAAUUCUCACCAGGGUCAGAAAGAGGGACAAAGCCAGAGUUCACAUUGGCAUCGGACAGACAGACGUGGCCAGAGUUUCCAAUAUGGUCAGACAGGUGGACAAGGCCAGAGUUCAUACCAGGGUCAAACAGGCAGUCAAGGCCAGAGUCCUCACCAGGGCCAGACAGAGAGUCAAAGCCAGAGUUCACACUGGCAUCAGUCAGACAGACAAGGCCAGCGUUUUUAUUAUGGCCAGACAGGUGGAGAAGGCCAGAGUUCUCACCAGGGACAGACAGACAGUCAAGGCCAGAGUUCACACUGGCAUCAGUCAGACAGACAAGGCCAGAGUUUUCAUUAUGGUCAGUCAGAGAUUGGAAAUCAAGGGCAAAACAGGCACUUUCAAGGGACUGAUAGAACAAGAAGAGACUCCUAUGUUGAACAUUCUGGAAGGUCAGGAAAACUAAGUCAACAGAAUUCAAGAGAAGAAGUAAAUCAAACCCAGAGACAGAGAUCCCAGGAUAGAAGGGAGCAGCAAACCCAGCAGCAGGCAUGGAAGCCUAGAGAGGAUAAUGAACACAAAUUCUUAGCUCAGGUACAGCAAGAGCCGUACUCUCAUGAGGAGUGUGAUUGGCAAUCACAGAGCAGCGAGCAGGACCACUGGGAAGAGGAAGAGCAUCAAGACUGGGAUAGACACAGUGUUGAGGAUCAGGAAAGUCUGUAUGAGAUGCAGAACUGGCAAACUCAUGAAGAGGAACAAAGCCAUCAAACAAGUGAUAGGCAAACCCACGUAGAUGAGCAGAACCAGCAAAGACAACACAGGCAAACUCACGAAGAAAAUUAUGAUCAUCAACAUGGUAGACAUCAUGAAGAUGAGCAAAGUCACAGGAGACAAGACCAUCAUCGACAAUGGGAUAGACAAACCCAUGAAGAAAAUGAGAAGUAUCAAGGAGGCCAAGACCAAUCCAGAAGCUUCGCCAACAGAGAAAAAUUCCACACGAGUGAAGAUGAGCAGUGUGGAGAGCCCCAGGGAAGACAUUUUCAUCCAACUCAUGGCGGUGGAAGAUCCCAAAGAGAAAAAUCUGGAAACCACCCUACCAAACCAGCCAACUCCUCCAGCCCUUUCUAUGCCUAUGUACAAGAACAGGCAGCAUAUCAAUACUAGGCUGUGUGAGCAUCAGGGCUAAGGUAGUUUGAAACUAAAGAAGAAACCUACAUGCCAAUUCAGCUUUGCUUCUGUUUAAAUGGGUGAAAUUAUAUGUAACGCUUCUUUUUUUCGUCUGUCUACAAGAAUGUUUUUGAAGACUUGUACUCAUUUUUCUGAAAUUUCAGUUCCUUGAUUCGCAAUUGCACAGCUAAUUGGUUGGGUGGAGUAAAUUAGAUGAACUUAUCAAUCUUCAUUUUGAUCACUUUGUGGAUUUAAAUCAUUGCUAGUUUAUUUUUAGUUUAGGUGAUACCUGGUUGAAUCACUGAAUGGCAGAGCACUCUCCCUGAAAUUCAGAAACAGGAAAAAGUACACUGAAAACUUAUACUAUAUUUGAAGAAAGGAAUUUUGGACUUUGGUGAGCUUUGGUUCUUGUUGGUAUAAUAUCAGGAACCACAAGCUUCAUGGCCUAGACUUGGAUGAAACAGUGUGAGACCUCUAAGGGAGCUAGAGAUCAUGAAGACAUUCUCUGAUUUUAGCAUCUCUGAUGCCUAGGCUCCUAUUCUUCCAUUGAAGGAUCAUGAGAAUUGACCAGGCCUAUCAAAUCAUCACACAGAAAGAAAAUAUAUAUAAUCUGUUUGAAGAUCCCUGGUAGCCCAAGCUAUCAAUUCUGAAAACCUUUCCAAUAAAGACCAUGUGUAGAACAUGAAAUUAUAUUAAAAUACUCAAUAAAUGAUUGGUGA